GCUUUCUUUUAGGGUGGCAUUUGUCACCCUAUGCCACCCCGGUAGAUCCGCCAAGUUUCCAUGCACAUCUCGGAGCUCGAUCACGAAGCCAACAAUGAAGCAGUAUCCUAUGAAGCAAUCCGAGCAGCGUGACGGACUUGCUCAGCAGGGAAGCCCUCACUGUAGUGAUCGUGACCAUUAGAUGGAGCCAAGAAGCGACCACAUCCAGAAACACACGAGUGGAAUGACAUCUUUAAAAAGACACCCCAUCACUCGUGGAGCUCUUUUAGAACUGCUUUUUUAGUGGCUAUUUUAUGAAAACAGAAGAUGAAAACAGAAAUGGGAAGCUGCAGCAAGCCGGGUUUCACGUCACCUCACUUGUUCACGCACACUUUUUUUUAAAAGGGGUUAAAUGAUUACAUAAAAACAUGACAAAGUAUAAACACAAAAAUUUUACAUAGGGAAUUAUUUUAUAGUGGAAAACAAACCUGUUAAUUGUGUUUCAAGCACAUCUGUCUGCCUGUUCGUUGCCCAACACAUGCAUUUUUCUAUGAGUUUGGAAAAAGUUAUAAAGGUCACUUCCUCACAAGUCCAUCUGCUCAGUUGAGUUUCAGAUAUCAUCGAGAGAACAACAACUCAAUGCAAUAUCAACAUACACAUUCAUCACUAUGUGUGCUUUCAUCUUAUAUUUCAUCUGCGUGGGAGUUUCAGUGGAUGGAGAAGUUACUGACAUCGCAACAGUUGAAGUGAUGGAGGGAGGUGUUCUCAAUCUAGAUCCUGGACUUGAAGAUCUAAAGGAAGACGUUCAGAUAAUGUGGACGUUUGAAAGUGGCGGAGAAAAUACUCGUGUCGCACAGAUGCAUCAAGGGAGAAUUUACACUCAUUAUGACAUGAGAUUCACAGGCAGAGUGCUAUUAGACCAAAAAACUGGUAUUUUAACCAUCAUGGACAUCAGGACUAAUGAAUCUGGGCUGUAUGAAGCCUUGAGCAUCAUCAGUACACACAUCACAGGACGGAGAUAUAACGUUCAUGUUUAUGCACCUGUCUCUGAACCAGCCAUCUGGAGCAGCUCGUCAGCUAGUGUGCACCAAUCUACAGGUACGUCACAGGAAACAAAAGAGACCUGUUCUGUGUUCUGCUCAGUGAAAAAUGAUCGAGACGUCUUCAUCUCGUGGUAUAAAGGAGGAGAAAUCCUGAACCAGUCCAGCAAUCCUGAUCUCAGCAUCAACCUCAGUUUAUCAUUAGAGCUUCAUUAUAAUGAUCCAGAGACCUACAGCUGUACAGCUGUCAAUCCAGUCAACAAUAAGAGCAUCCGUCUUCACAUUAAAGAGAUCUGCCCACUACAGGAAGUUUGUGUGGAUCACUGUGGCGUCUCUGAGGCUCUGGUUCGUCUGGUUCUGUCUGGUCUGCUGGGAAUCAUUACUGUUGUGUUCCUCAUCGAGCAUUUGAUCUUCUGCUCAGCUCAGAAAACAACUGCUGCUUCUGUAUGCUGAUGAUACCUUAAAAAUAGAUUUAGUUUCUGUUGUAUUUUAUAACUGGAAACCAGUUUCUAUUUAACAAAGACAACAAAUAAGCUCUGAAAUGUGUACAGUAGUAUCAUACAGUCAAACAAAACAUUUUCACACCUUCAACAUUUCUCACAUUAUCACGGUUUAUUGAUAAAAUAAGACAAAAACUUGACAACAAAGUCAGAACAAAUUCAUCUUAUUAACAAGUAAACUCACAGUUUAUUUUUUAUCACAAUUUUCUGAUAAAAUUGAGAGAAAAGUAUGUAACAAAACACGCUCAGGUAAAAGUGUAAAACACUGUAGAAUAUUUGGGUAUAAUGUUUCAUAGUUUACUUUAUUUUUCUAUCCCUCACUUACAGUACAUAAAUUAACUAUAGUGUCCUGCACCCACUGUUAAAAUGUUUAAUAAAAAUAUAUACACAAAUAUAAAACUUUUUUGACUUUGUUUAGAAAACGCACUUUGGAAAAAU